CCUCGAUCAUGGAUUUUGUUCCCCGCGGAGCAGCUUACGCGGGCGCACCAGACAAUUACGGCACAGAGCAUACCAAGUCGCGCAUUCAAGUUGAUGAGGACAAGGGCAUCACCGUCUUCUCACCUGAUACGUACUCGCAGGGGGGCCUAGUGCGAAUCGCACAAGAUAGAAUCACAAAGCCCGGAACAAUCGCCGAUCCUACCAGUGAUGCCGCUCAAAAGGGAGCUAGAAAACCUGAUCCCAAGGCAAAGGGACUGCAGAUUUGGUACGAGGUACACGGCAACGGACCCCAGAAGAUUGUACUCAUCAUGGGAUUGAACAAUUCUGGCUUCGGCUGGCUGGGCCAAGUCGAACACUUCGCUCGCGACCCGCGCUACUCGGUCCUCGUACUCGACAAUCGCGGCUACGGCAACAGUGAGACACCGACUGCAAUGGAGGGCUACAAGACGAGCGAAAUGGCUCUUGAUGUCCUUGAGGUCUGCGAUCAUUUGGGGUGGAAGGAGAAGAGGCAGCUGCACAUCACCGGUGUUAGCAUGGGCGGCAUGAUCUCUCUCGAGGUAGCAAGAAAGGCGCCAGAACGUAUCGCCUCGCUCUCUCUCUUGUCAACGACAAGUGGACAGGCAAGAGGCCAAAAGUCCAUUGUCACCGGCCUGCCUCCUACAGCUGCCGUCAAGAUGAUCACGAGGCUCUUGGGAGGCAAGUGGUUGGGAAUGGACUCGGACGAGUACCGCGUGCAACGUGUUGCAGAGACGUUGUUCCCCAAGGCGUGGCUUGAUGCAAAGGAUGACCAUGAUCCCAAGAACAGGUCGCGACGCGAGAACAUGCAGGAGCUCUUCAUGUGGCGCUUCCACUUUGUACGACGUCAACAUCCUACGGGCGCCCUCGGCCAGAUCCGUGCAGCAUCAACGCACCACGUACCCAAUGCCGUUCUCCUCACCAUCGACAGCUCCGUCCCGUCCAUCCUCAUCGCAACGGGCGAUGACGACAAUCUCGUCAAGCCAGGCAACUCACGUCACCUCGCCAAGUGGCUACCUCACGCCAAGCUCGUCGAGAUGAAGGGAGUGGGCCAUGCAAUUCAGCUGCAGGAGACGGACAAGCUUAAUACGCUGCUAGAGGAGAACUACAAGGAGGGGUGGGAAAAGACCAAGGAUGAACGCGGCGUAGAGGCGGCUGGUGAGGAUCUUCCCGCUUCUAGGUUGGGGACCAAGGCCCACUGGGAUCAAGUCUACCAGUGAACGCGAAGUGGCCAAUUUCUCCGAGGAUGGAGACCGUGGCGAAGUUUGGUUUGGCAAGGAGAGCGCCGAUGUGAUGCUCGACUACCUUCGUGACCAUUAUCCGGCUGCCUCCAACCCCCGCAUCAUGGACCUUGGCACGGGCAACGGACAC